GAAGCCAAUCUAACGAAUAAGUGUGCUGUGACAACGUGAGCUAAAACUACCAGAGAUUCCUCCUAGUUUUGUUUCUCUUGGCUUGUUUUUUUUAUCUCUGCCAUAUUUAGCAGAAAAAGGGCUAAGUUUCUAGCGCUAAACAUAAACAGAUUCACAGGAGAUUCAUUGGGAUCAUUAGCUUGGCUUGGUAUACAAGGUAGGUGAGGAAGAGGCUUGUGGGAGGAGCUAAGUAACCUCUCAUUGAUGGUGUACACGAGAAGGGAAAAGAAAACUGCUUUUACUUGGGCAAUGCAAAUUUGCUGAAGGGGACAUUCAAUAAAUAGGCUCUAAUGCACGAGAAAAGAAAGAGAUUGCAUCAAAUUCGUGAUAGUUUUUAAGGCACACAGACUGGCAGCAUAACGAGGGUUUAUAUGCAUGUAUAAGCAGAGUUUGGCAUUGUAUGUAUCAUCAGAUUCUAUCUGGUAUAGUGACUUGGGAAGGAGGAAGAAAGUAAGGAAGUGUUCAUUGUGUUUUUUGAUAAGCUAUGGAAUUGGAGACCAUUGGGUUUGGUUUUACAAUGAGGAAGGUGUUGUUUGUGAUGUUGGUAUUGCAGAAGGUGGUGUGGACAGAGACAAUGUUGGACCCAUUGGAUUUUUUGUCACUGCAAGCCCUAAGAAAGAGCCUGGAUGACAUGCCAGGGUCUAAAUUUUUUAAGUCGUGGGACUUCUCUUCUGAUCCUUGUGGAUUUUCAGGGGUUUUGUGUGAUUCAAACAGAGUUGUGGCACUAAAUCUUGGGGAUUCUUCUGCUGGGGCUCCUGGAUUGAAAGGCAAGUUGGAUGGAGCUCUGGGCUGCCUUGGGGCUCUUGUAGAGCUCACAGUGGUGCCUGGUCAGGUAUCUGGGUCUAUUCCAGAGACUAUGGGGCAGCUGAAGGAGUUGCAGUUUAUGGGUAUUAGCAAGAACUUUCUGUCUGGCAGGAUUCCUCCGUGCUUGGGGUCAUUGACAAAGUUGCAGACACUGGAUUUGAGCUUCAAUCAGCUUGUGGGUUCUAUUCCCAAGGGGAUUGGACAAUUACCCACUUUGUCAAAUCUCAUUCUUGGCCACAAUAAGCUUUCAGGACCAAUACCCACUUGCACAUCUAGUUUGAGAAGGCUGGAUCUUAAGCACAAUGGACUUUCAGGGACACUGCCUUCUUUGCCCAAUUCUGUUCAGUACGUUUCUCUUGCAAAUAACCUGCUCAGUGGGAGUAUUGAUGAAUUAUCAGGCCUACAACAGCUGAGUUAUCUUGACCUGAGUUUCAAUCAGUUCAGUGGGAGCAUUCCAGGUGCAUUGUUUAGUUUCAAAAUGACUUCUUUGUUCUUACAGAGGAACUCCUUCUCUGGUUCUGUUAAUCCACAAGGACAGGUCAUGAUCCCAAAUGUGGACCUCAGUUUUAAUUUUCUCACAGGUCCUAUUCCCUCCUCUCUGGCUUAUGUUCAGAAUCUAUACCUUAACAACAACCACUUUACAGGGGCAGUUCCUUCUGAAUUCAUUGACAGGCUUCUAUCUGCUAAUAUCCAAGUGCUAUAUAUUCAGCACAACUAUCUUACACAGAUUACUCUCAAGCCAUCCACAAUGAUCCCACUUACCAGCUCUCUCUGUAUUCAGUACAACUGCAUGGUUCCUCCCAUUCAGCCACCAUGUCCCUUCAAAGUUGGCAAACAGAAAAAAAGGCCCACAUAUCAAUGCAACUACAUGGGCUAGGGGAGAUUCAAUUAUAUAUCAUUUUUUCAAGGAAAUGUUGGACUUAUUGCUCUAGCUACACAAAGAUAAUUCAUCUAGGUUCUUCUAGGAAAGAAUGUUUUGCAGUCUGGGAAGCCUCAGGAAAAAGCAACAUAACUUGCUUGUCCAAUCGGAGCUAUAUCUCUUUUUUUUGUUUUCAGGUACUUAAGUAGUCAGGUUGUAUAGAUAAAUAUGUUUUGUAUUCUUUCAUUCUUUUAACAGAUCUGGUUAUCUAGAACUAAAGCAAGAUGAAGCUACUGCUAAUGUGAAGGAGCUUAGUAGGGGCUGGAAUGUAUGGCAGCAAUAAAAUUGAUCUACGAGUAGAAAUAAAUACAGCCCAACAAUUGGAGAUCAUCUUUAACCAGAUUGGAUCUUAUGAGGACUGAGUUAUUUGUUCUGUAAUUUUACUUUUUUUUUUGGUCAUGAACAUCCUCCUUAAUUUUGGGGCCUUGAAAGACCUUGGACAUUUGGGCCUGCUGGAUAUUGUAGGAUUAUACCUGAUUUUUAUUGUCUGUAUGUUGCUUUCAAAUUU